AUGUUACGUGUGCUUUCAGGCUUAAAAUUGCAAAAAAUCACCAUCACUUUCAAACAAUCUUUACGAUUUCUACAAAUCGAAUCAUCCAAUGCGCGUCCUGCCACCUCUUCAUUAAUCCUAAAACUCCUGCCAGUCUGUGAAAACUCAUACGAGUGCGCACAACAAGAAUUAAAGUGGUUGUCGUUGCAUGUUGUAACCAAUUUACGACAGCGGGGUCAACAGCUACGGGAAAAAGAUUCAUCUGUUUACAGCAACAAUAUUCCACAAACAACAGAUGAAGCAUGGAAAAUCAUGUCUCUUGAAGAAAAAGAAAUUCUGUCUGCCUUGGUGAGUCAGCGUGUUGAGCAGUCGAAACCAUUGCAAUAUAUUCUAGGAACGCAACCAUUUUUGAAUCUAGAGAUUAUCACAAGACCGCCAGUCUUAAUUCCAAGAUGGGAAACAGAAGAAUGGACUUGUUCUCUCGCAAACCUCUUGAAUUCUCAUCUCGAGACUAAUCAAUCACCUGAUGAUGAUACACCAAAAAGAAAACCAAGACGCCCAUUCAGAAUUCUAGACAUUUGCACCGGUUCGGGAUGCAUAGCACUUGCGCUAGCACAUAAUCUUCCACCUGAUACUUGCACAGUCCAUGCAAUAGAUAAUGCAUCAGACGCACUAUUACUGGCUCAAAGAAACAUAAGCGUACACAAUCCCCAUAAUCGUGUUAUAUUAUCGAAUCUCGAUAUUAUGAAAUCGAGUAAUAAGGAGUUAUCUGAAUUUGUGAAAAGAUGCAAUACUAGCGGGAGCGGGGAUGAUAAUGAUUAUAAUAACAAUUAUGAUGGUAACGGUUUUGAUUUGAUAGUAUCUAAUCCGCCUUACGUAACUCGUGCAGAAUAUGAAAUGGUGAGCAACGAAAUCAAGUUGUGGGAGGAUAAACGAGCUUUAAUAGCCGAUAAUGAAGACGGGACUUCAUUUCACCAAAGAAUUGCCAAAUUGGCUCUCGGAUUACCUUUAUUGAGAAAGCAAGACAUUGAAAAAAUGAAUACUGAUAUUAUUCCGAGAGUGGUAAUGGAGAUUGGAGGAGAGAAUCAAGUAAAAAAUGUCAAGGAGGUUUUAUAUGAGAAUGGUUUCGAAUGGGUUGAAGUUUGGAAAGAUGCGGCCGAUAAAGAUAGAUGCGUAAUUGCCGGAACGUUUUUUUCCAAGUGA